CAGUUUCUCACGUCGAUGUAUGUGGUGUCAAAGAGAAUUAAAAAUCGUGAUUCUUUUACGAAAAAAUUAACAAAUCUUGAGAUGUUUAGAGUAUUUAUUUGUUUUAUCCAUUAUGUUUUUCUUUGCUAAGCUUGUGCAAGUGACGUUUAGUAGUUUUUGAAGACAACAGUGAAGAAAUUUUGGUUUAUCUAGUACAUUAUGAAUUGCCACCAAGUACUAAGUGGUGCCUGUAAUUCAGGAGAUCAAUGUUUUGCUGUUGGUUCGGUGGAAGGAAUACCUUUCACAGCUUAUGCAGCUGGGUGCAAUAUUGUGAUAUUGGCAUCCAAUUUUGAGAGAGUACAGAUAAUACCAGGAGCCAUUCAUGGUUAUGUCCGUAUUGGCUCAUUAGAUUGUAGCACAGACACAGGAAAGAUUGCAGCAGCCUAUGGUGCGGAAGUGUGCAUAUUUGAGCCAACACCAUUGAUACAUACUGCUGCUACUACUCAUGGUCUUGAAUACCGCUGGGUGCAAACUGGGAAACUCUUGGCAGAUGGGCCGAUAACAGCACUGUCGUGGAACCUCGAAGGGACAAGGUUGUUGACUGGCGGCAAGAUCUUGCAGCUCUGGCAUCAGGCGUCGCUGUAUCAGGACGAUAGCCAACCAAGUUCUGGAGUAACAUUCCAAAUAGGCGGCGACAAAGAUGAAAAACCGAAACAGCAAGAAGAGGAAGACCCGGGCUGGAUAUGCGUGUGGCAGUGUCAUACGGCCACACCAGCGCACCACCUAGCGUUCUCACCGGACGGCGUUCUGUUCGCCACGUCUGGCAUCAACGACCGACUCGUCAAGAUCUGGUACCAGAAUAAAGUUCUGAACCAACAAACGCACAAUGAUCAUUCGUCGCCCGAUUUGAACUACACGUUUAUCUAUGUGGCUCACCCGCGCGCCGUCACCCAUCUCUCUUGGCGGAAGACCAGCAAAUACAUGCCCAAGGGUAGCGUGGGCAACGUGCUGGUGACGUCGUGCGUGGACAACAUAUGCCGUGUUUGGGCGGAGACGCUUCUGCCCGAGGACGAGUGGGGCGGCUGUGUGCCCGCACACGCGCGCUCUCCGCCGCGCAGGCAGCGCGCCACGCACCGCCACAAGCACCGGUUCAUGCAGCGGCUCAAGCACAUGAAAACAUGUUUCCAUAUCAGACGGAACGCACAAUCGUCGAAGCAGCCCGGCGCGCCUAUUCCCACUCUUCCCUCCACUUACAGCGCGCACGACUUCCAUAAUCCUUACCACUCCAGUUCUUACACAGGAGGUCUGCACUUCCACUUGGCCGCAUCAAUUAACGCAGAGACAGACAUUCCUCUGGUGCCGUCAUUGGCCGGCGGCGGGCGGUUCAUAUUACACUGGCUUCACAAUAAAGAGAUGCACUUCACCAGUCAAGCGGAAGCUAUAUUACACGACCUUACAAAAAAGAUAUUGGAUAAAGAAGAGUCUGACGAAGCCGGGUCCGGUUCCGACCACACUAAUCAUCCUGAUGGCGAAAAUGAGACAAGUUCGGGCAACCAUAGUCAUCCGAGUCUAUCGAACACUACGUCGAUAAACUCGAUAGCGACGGACGUAACCUGCACUCAUUUACCGGACUCGUUGGACGCGAAGAUCGAAUCGCUUCUGCGCGACUGGCACCAGAGUCCGGACCUACUCUUCUCCAUACAUCCCGUCGAUGGCAGCUUUCUUAUAUGGGUGUGCGAAUGGCUGGACGAGUUGCAAGCGGGUGCGAUCCGCCAAGCUCAAGUUUCGUUCUCAGCGCGCAUUCCUUCCGCCUUCCCGUUGGGUGAUGCAACCACUAUGUGCACUCCCGCUGCGUUAUACCACGCCGCUGCCCAACCAUUAUAUGUGCGCCAUCGCACCAAACCCGUUACCGCCGGACAGUCGCAGCAACAGCCGGAAGUGGUCACAACGCCGUUAGCUAGUGUUCAAGAAGAGAAAGACGAGAACGAGUGGCCUCAAAACGAAGACUGCGGAGAUAAUGAACAAAAUGGUGGCCGAGAAGAGAACAACAACGAAAUGCAAAGGAAAGCGAGUGUCGCCGCUGAAGAGUUAGGUGACAACCAGGAGGGAGAUGUAUUAGACUCGGCACCGGUCAUUUCCAUGGUCACAAAUCAUACCAACGGCACGCUAAACUUGUGGCAGCUAACUUUCGACGACAAAUCUAAGUUUUCACAGGUAUUAUCAAUAGGGCACGCCUCCAGAGCGUCCGGCCAUAGAUUUAGAGUGAAUGACAUCACAUGCCAUCCAGUAUUACCAUUAUUACUUACAACUAGCCAUCAUAACAUAUCAGAUAGCGAUAGAGACACACAGAAAGGGGAUGAAAGUUGCGAAGCGGGUGGUUUGUGUUCUGAAUUAAUAAUGUGGCGAGUAGAAUGUGUUGGACCGUUGGGCAAGUCAGGUGGAGUUUCAGAACUGGCAAGAGUCAACUCGCCACAUCUAUCCGCCUUCAGCAACGUCGCAUGGCUGCCUACGUUGUUGCCUAGCACAACGUUAGGCAACUUGUCAAACUCGCCGUCAGCGUGUUUCGUUGCAAGCGACGGCGAGAGCUUACGAGUGUUUCAAGCGGUUAUCGACGCUCGGACGCUCCUCGCCGAGAUCGCCACUUCGGAGAGACGCCACACAGAUGUCAUGCACAACGACACCAUGUCAAUGUCCACGUCAUCGGAGUCGACACUGGAAGAAGGCGGAGGCAUUCCUCUACACGAUCGCAUCAAGAUAGUGUCGCAACAAUCUACGGCUCGACCCGGUGCUAUCAUCCAGCUGCACGCCAUCGCCGACGCCACCCACGACUGGCACAACACGCAGCUGCUGCACGUGUUCCAGGAGCAACUCAUCACAGGGGAGCGCACAUCACCCGACACAGAUAACGCCGACUCAGGUAUAGAAGGAUCUGAAGUAAACACCAUAACAGAAGCCGGCCUAGAAGCAAUCGUAGAUUUGCGAAAGGCGGCCGUAUUUAACGAACCGUUCUACAUAGUGGUGCUGGAGAGGACUGACGGAGGCUCCACUGUCCACAUGUGGAGGCUUACGGUGUCAUCUCAGGCUGAUCCUAAUGAUGACUUCACGAACAGUAUGAUGUACGUUCCGGAUAGUGCGCUUGUUCAAGAAGAAGAGGGAGAAUCGAGAAAGAACUCCGUCUCAAUGGAUCAUGAUAGGGCGCCACCCCCCGCACCAUCGCUAUCACACCUUGCAAUAUCUACCAAAAAGGUUUGUGAAUGCCCUCUAUCUCUUCCUGAUGGUGUUGAUGUAAUACACGCGACACCUGCAGCCGGUCAUCUUAGCUCGGCUUCCAUUUACCCCGCCUGUUUGGCACCCUACAUAUUAGCUACGGCAUGCUCCGACAGCACGCUAAGGUUCUGGAAAUGUAGUGUCACUAAGAAAGAUGAAAAUGAAUUCGAUUACGCGUGGAAAGAAUGGGAAAUGAUGAACAAGGAUCAAGAGUCUACCAUAGAUAUACCAGGGCAACCGCUCCACAUAAGCGCGGCGUACUCCGGUCGUAUUGCGUGCGCGUAUAAGUGCGGGCGUUCGUUCACGCGUCCAAAGGGCGGGAAUACCACAAAUUCUACAGACGCGCGAUUCGUUAACCUCUGCGUUUGCGUUUAUGAGUGCGAAAGCACUGGGGGCGCGGAAUGGCUUCUAGAAGACACUAUACCAUUGAGAAAUGUCAGCUUACCGCGCGUCGGAGUCUGCGCAGACACGCAAAUUGAUCUUUCAUAUCUACACGAUACGUCAUUCAUGCAGAAGAAACAGAGAUUAACGCAAGUCCUCCAAACGUUGUCAUCUGAAGAACGCACAAAUCGGAACGGGGAAGCGGACACGGGUAAAUCCGCGGGCUUGCUCGCAGUGCCUUCGUUCAGCACUCUGCAGUCACUGCGCAGGAGUAUAAUGGAGAAUGGGAACACCUGCCCGCUCACACAGAAACAUUUAGUGCAGCUGGACUGGGUGUCCAAGGAAGACGGCUCCCAUAUACUCACCGUUGCCGUUGGCUCCAGGGUGCUGUUAUUCACGCCCGUGUCGAGCGACCUCGCUCAAGCUAAUUUGAAGGCAAUGAAGGAGUCCAUAAACAACAAUCGGCCUAUAUUGCGGAAAGCGUCUUCACUAGCGGCGCCGUUGUUCGUAGAGGAGAUACGAUGGAUGCAACUCCGGCGCAUACAACUUAAAACGGCGGAUGGCUUACCGCCUCUGCCGAUGCAAAUAUCGUGGGUGCGCGACGGCAUAUUGGUAGUGGGAAUGGACUCUGAGAUGCACGUGUACUCGCAAUGGAAACCGGAAACGGCGCAGACAAGUUCCGGAUACGGCAGCGUACCGGAAUUGGAGGAAUGCAGUGAAAAUAGGGCUCUGCGUGACUCUGAUCUGCGCAUAUCUGCGCCUCACCUUCAGCGAGUUUCCUCGAUUAACUUACAACUACUUGAGCGCGAUGCGAGAAGGAGGAACAAAGCUCAGCCUGACCAGCCUCAGCCACUUCUGGACUACAUGCCUGAUUACGGGCUGUUUGAAGCAUCACAAAUGGCGUGCCCAGUGCUUCCGCAAUAUCAUCCCAAACAACUUAUGGAGUUGCUAAACAGUGGCAAAAUAAGAUGGGUCAAAGCUAUUUUGGCACAUUUAGUCAGAUGUAUUGGCGGCACCUACACGGGUCGCACAUCACAAGGCGAUGAAGACAGUCUUUCGAGACAGCGCGGCUGGUCGCGCUCGCGCACGCUCUCCGUGUCGUUCGCCGCCGGCGCCGGCUCGCCGCUAGAUGGCGUUGGACAGAUUACGGAGGAUGUGCAGUUGGACUACGCGGAGAUAACGUCUGUGCCACCAUUGCCGCUUUGGACUCUUCUCGUAGCCGACAAAGAGUCGCCUCACCAUCCUUCGACCAUACAAGAAGCUAAGGAUUACAAUGAACUGUUCGACGGAACUAUGGAUACAGACGAAGACCUUGACGCUCUGUUAUUGGGCGAAGAAGAAGGCGUCGACCGACGGCCGUCUAUGCCGGAACGCCAACCGUUGUCGCAUUUUGGACCCAGACAAGGACGUAUUCUUUCCCGCCUUUUGACGCACACGCAUCUGCCCGGACUGAGUUCCCUGGACCAAAUGCACUUGUUAGCUCUCGCCGAUACCGUGUCUACGUGCGACGCGGACUUCGCGGAAAGAUUUGCCGCAAACGCCCGUGUCGAUGUCGCACAAGCCAGUAGCCAGGAAAUAUUACCAGACUCCUUAGAUGACUGCGGUCUCAGAUUCGUGCUCGCGAUGAAACAUUACGGUUACUUGCUGCGUUGUCUCCCGAUAGCACAGCGCGCAACUCAGCAGCGCAACGGAGUCGGCACUUGCAACCUCGUUUGGGCUUUCCAUUCGGAAACGCACGAACAACUGUUAGCCUUGAUUCCCGGAUACGCAAAGGGUCAGCCAAAAUGGGCCACCAUGAGGGAGUUGGGCGUUGGGUGGUGGGUGAGGGGAGAUCUUCUCAGGACCUGCAUAGAGAAGUUAGCGCGUGCAUCGUACAUGCAGAAGCAAGACCCUAUGGACGCAGCGCUCUACUACCUCGCCAUGAAGAAGAGAAUGCUGCUUUGGGGUCUAUUUAGAUCGAACCACAACGAAAAAAUGACUGCGUUCUUCGCGAACGACUUUACUGAAGAUCGCUGGCGAAAAGCGGCAUUGAAGAAUGCUUUUGUGCUCCUCGGCAAACAACGCUUCGAACAUGCAGCGGCCUUUUUCCUUCUAGGCGGUGCUUUGAAAGAUGCUUUAGAGGUACUAUUAACGCGCUUAGGGGAUUUACAGUUAGCGAUGGUAGUCGCUCGCCUUUAUGAAUGCGACACAACGUUACCACCAAGCUUGAAAAAAUUAUUAAUGGAUGAAAUUUUAGGUGGUGAGGCGGAUUCGGACGAUGUUGAUCUAGAGCGAGCUCACCCAGAUCCGUUUGUUCGUUCCAUGGCACUAUGGGAAUUGAAGCGGUACGGAGAGGCAUUAGACACGCUGCUAAGUCCCGCGGGAAGAUUACACUCAGCACGGGACAAUGAACCGAUGCCUAGUGUUUUUAACUUCUACGUGUAUUUACGUACUCAUCCGCGCCUCAAACGACAUAGUAUGCCUUGCCAAGGUGGCACUCUAGCACUUCUACAUUCGGAACCAGAAGAGAGUAUAACUCGUCUAGAGCGUCGUCUCUACUUCCAAACUGCGCAUGGGCAUUUCAAGGCGGGCUGUCCAGCUUUAGCUCUGGAAGUUUUAUCGAAAUUGCCUGCGAGAGUUCGUGACGAGAAACCGAGACAUCCGGUAUCUGUGCCUUCUAUUGAUGACGCUGUAAUUCACACGGGUCAGCUAGUCGUAAAUACUGAAGGCAAAAAAGAAGAAGAAAACAAUAUGGAAUGGAGUUCAACGACAGUAGACUGGGGAGCACCAGUCAGCACGGCCAAGUCGGACGAGCUCGUCCUCAGUUGGGAUGACGAUGAUGAUGACAAGGGAUCCGGUGGUUCCGGUGCAUCGACACCUCCUUUAGAAAUGAAGAUGGACAAGCAGCAAGAGGAACAGCCAGUGAACGGUGCGAACAACGAGGCGAAGGAGGAGGAACCGCCCACGGUUGACAUCAUGGCGCAGCAGCUCAAGUUCGUUGCCUGCCUCAAGAUUCUCAUGGAGGAACUGAGCACCCUCGCCACUGGCUUUGAAGUUGACGGCGGUCACCUCCGCUACCAGCUGUAUAUAUGGUUGGAACGUGAAGUAGAAGCGUUGCGAAGACUGUGCGGGUACGCGAGCGCAGCGGGCGCGGCCCCGGGCGGAGAACUGAUAUGCGCUGAUGCUGAGCCCCCGCCUUUACCCGACAAACCUACCUUACACCAACUGUUGAUACGAGAGAAAGCAGACUUUGAAGCUAAAGUACAGAGAGCUGUCCGAAGAAAGAAGUGGCUAAAAGCAAACGAAACGUUACUCCGAACGCUGCUAUCGUACUGUUCGCUCCACGGGGCCGGCGGAGGUGGGUUGGCUUCAGUCAGAAUGGAGCUGGUGCUUCUGCUACAAGAGCUGGGUCAAGAUAAACAGCAUCAGCAGUUACUGUCGCCGUUGCCCUUCCCCACUACGCUGCCGCUGUUGGCUGCUGCCGUCGCGACAAAUAACACUGUGGUCGCGGAUCCUGUGCGGCAUCUACAGUCGGUAGCUCACGAUAUGCUGGGUACUAUCGGCGAAUUGGGCAUCCCUGGCGGCUCUGCCACCCGCCUCUUGCACACGCUACGGGAAUUGGCCGUCGCUCUGUCCGCCUGCAUCUACCAGAGCCUUUGCGACUCUGACACUUUCAGUAUGAAACAUACGCACAUUCACCACGAUGGUAUGAUCGCGGAAACUCCUGGCACGAGCCAUUUAAUAGCGCGGCCACGACGUCACUCCAUCGAGGAACUCACUGUGACCACAACACCCAACAAAUGGCCAGGCGUGUCCGCAUUACGCGGGCUAGCGUCCCGCGCGGCGGAGGAGGAGGACGCGCCCCGACUGGCCGUGCUGCUGGCGGAGGCGUUCUGCGCCGUGUACCUGGCGCUGCUGGGCUGGGCGCUGGCCGCGCGCGACGCGCACCUGCUGUACCGGCUGGCGGCGCACGCGCCCGACACGCGCGCGCACUCGCAGCUGUUCGGCGGCGGCGUGCGCCGGCUGCUGACCACCGCGCCCGCACCUCCCCCGCCCAAACUUGUGGAGCGCACCGAAGGCACAUCUGUUUGGUCAUCGCUACGCGGGAAAAGGGCACUAUUAAACAUGCGCCUGUUAGGUUUGGGCCCUGCAGCUACUCACAAAAACAUUCAAGAAGGUCGCCCUACGUACCGCGAGCAAUUCGUGCCGCCUCACUGCAGUAUACUUAGCUAUUUGCUCACGAAGCCUACACUGGAUCUAGACUCGGAGGAUACAUAUGACUACGAUUCCGCGGAAUCCGGUGCGGAAGACGCCGAGGACAGCGGCAGUGACCCAGACGAUGACGACAUCUUUGAUACGUCUAACACAAAAACAGCGGAAAAACGACGAAAGUUAACGAACAACGAGCACUCCGACCCUGACUCGUACUCUUGGUACUUGAUGCGUGUAGCAGUACUGCGACUCGCACAACAGAAACUGCAACACUUUCUGCAACUUUGCGGCAUCGAAAUGUCCGAGCUGGCGACCACCAGUCCCACGGUGCACGGCGCGUUGCGUCGCGUGGACCAGUGGCAGCAGCAGUUAACGGAGACUCUGGAGGCUCGAGCACCACCGCCUGAUUAUAUCCCCGGCUGCUUCCCCGACAGUCAGCUACCGGGCCCGCCUAUCAAUAAGUACAGAUGCCUGUUAGAGAAACACAACACACCCUUUAAUUCAUCACUGUUCAGCUCCGCUCCGGCGAGGCGGUUAUGGAGUUACUUAGUUCGUCAAGAACCAGUUCAGGAGUUAUUCAUCCGCGCCGUGUUUUCCCGUCGCCGCACCCAGUCGAUGUGUACAACCGGAACGGGUGGGGGAACAGGCGGAGAAUCCCGCGUAGGAUGUGUACCCAACCAGAGGCGAGACGACGAUAUGUACAGCCCCGUGCGGAUCAUACACAAGGAGCAAGACUCCAUAGCCGCCUUCUGCCUCAACAGGGUCGGUGGUGGAUUACUAGCGGUGGCGACAGCUCGCGAGGUCCAAGAAAUGGACGUUUCCCUUCUACUGCGGGGAGGCGUCAGUUGGUCCGAGGACGAAUGCGACGUGGAUCUUAUGGGGCUGGCCACUGACCCCGCUACACUACCCGACACCGGCUUCCUGCUGAUCCAGCACCAGGACAGGCCCAACAAUGGUUCAGUACCAGGCACCGGGAACAGUUCGCCGCUGAACCCACACGGACCUCAAGUGCCUAUCGGCAUGGCCAGUCAAACGGGUCGCGGGGCCAGCGUUCUGGAGCAGCGGGCGAGCCAUGUUCGCUCGAUACCCACCGGGCACGAAGUCUAUGUCGUCACAGUGUUGAAACACAAAAUCGACAACAUCAAACGUAUGGCAGCACAUCCGUCUCAACCACUAUACUUAACGGGUGGCGCGGACGGCUCCGUGCAACUGUGGGAGUGGGGUCACGGGUCGUGCGUGUGGUCGCCGCGCGCUCCGGGUGCGUUCGCGAAGGUGACGCGCGUGCGGUUCUCUGACUACGGCAACAAGUUCGCGGCCGCCGACGCGGACGGCAACCUGGCCAUGUGGCAGCUGCACCCGCCGGCCAAUCAGCACGCGACGCAGGCGCACGCCCCGCCCCGGCCGUUCUUUACGCAUCAAUGUCACAGUAAAGGAAUUAGUGAUUUUGUAUUCCUUGGUUCCUGCAGUUUGGUAGCUACAGCCGGACAUAGUUCAGAAAGUAAAAACGUCGCUAUUUGGGAUACAUUAAUGCCUAUCAAGAAAGCGUUAGUAGUUUCGUGGACGUGCCAUGAGGGUGGCGCGGCUUGCGUGGCUUUCGCCGGGUCGGCAGGCGUGCUGGUGUCGUGCGGGCGGCGCGGCGACGUGCUGGUGUGGGACCUGCGCGCGCGCGCCCAGCGCCACAAGCUGCACGCGCACCACGCGCCCAUCAAGUGCGUGGCGCUCUCCCCGCGCGAGGACACCUACGCCAUCGGCGCCGCGGACGGGGACAUCAAGGUGUUCUCGUUAGCUACGCAUCAACUGCUCCAUACCUUCGCGGGUGAACAUGCAAGAAGCUCCUUUUUCAAACACAUUGGUCAAGGAGUCACUCAAAUUUAUAUUGACAACGCUGGGCGGUUGUUCUCGUGCGGCGCGGACGGCACCAUGAAGGUGCGCAAGCUGCCGGAGCGCGACACGCCGCCUCUACACCAUCCGCAGUAUUGAGACAUAUGGUCAGCAGAAAGCCGUCGGGUGUUGUAGUGUCGUCCGGCCUUAUGUUCCCUUGUGAUGUAUUUAUCGUUGUUGCUAUUCAAAUGUUACGAGUAUGAUUAAUAUUAUACGCCGUUAGACUAGUCACUGAGUAGCGGAUGUUGUAUCUUAUAUUUAAAAAAUGUUAAUGAAUCUUUAGUUAUUUUUAGUGUGAAAUCUUCGCUAUUAUUAUCUUAAUGAAACCUCUAGAUCGAUGAUAAUAAAUUAUUUGCACUUGCUAUUAGUGAAUAUAUCUGGCCAUAUUGCGACAGGCCUAUUAAUAAUUUUGCGUAUACAGGCAAUGGGUAGAUAUUCAAUGUGUAUAUUGUACGACAUGGAAUGUAAUUAUGAGUUGAUAAUUUAAAAGUGCAAUAAUCUAACGCGACCUCUAAACUUAUGAAACCGACUGCGAACGACGUCGAAGCCUUCACAUAGUUAACAUAAUAAAAUAAAAUAAUAUUAGCUCCUCCUAUAGAAUUAGCUUUAUAUGAGUGCAUAUAAUGUGUAUGUAUAACUUGUUGACGCAUAAUAAAUAAUUUAUCAAACUUAUAUUUCAAAUACACUGUAAAUCUUGUUGGCUUCUGUAUUUAAUAUAUUUAAUAAUAACCAUGUCGUUACGCAACUAGGGUCAACUUGCAUUACAGCAACGGAAAAUGAAUUUUCAAAUAUCGCAUAGCAUAUUUAGGUAAGCGUAGGGAACGAGUUAUAAUAAAGAAUGUAGUAGAACGAAAAAUUUUCACAUAAAGAGUAAGUACCAUUACUCUGUUUUGAUAUUAUAUAUUGUUCCCUCCUUCCUAAAAUCUGGGUUCCUUUAAGAGAGGCGUGAAGAAGCAUUUUUGCAGACCGGCACGGUGAGAAUGGUUGGUGUAGCAGUUUAUAACUGCUGUACCAGCUAUCUUCGUAUUUGGACCUUAUCACCACUUAACAUCAGGUGGGGUAGAGUGAUUUGCCUACCUCGCUAUAAAAAAAAUAUGGUCAAUAAAUAAUAUGAUAUGCGAAUUUUCAAAAUUCAUUUCUCCUUUUACUGCAAUGUGAAUUGACGUUUAAGCGACCGCAUUUUGUGGGCGUUGUAUUGUCUAUAUAUUCCUUCAUAAAUAUCGCACACCUCGUUCGAAUAGACGUAAGUGUUUCAUCUAAAUAUACCUGUGUGAUCAAUAAAUCUGAGAUUAUUCUUGCAACUAAUUUAUUAAUAUUUAAAGCAUUUCUCUUUAUGGUGCAAUAAUGUAUUUUUUCCAGACAGUAUUAUGACUGCAAUAUUUAUUUUUCACAACUCACCAUAACAUGAUAAUAUGUAUGUAUAUUAAUAUCGAAUGAAUGGUUAAAUUUAGGCUGGAUUUGCGAUCCAAUUUUAUUCCAAUAACUUUCAUAAAUGUAUUUGUGACUAAUUCAUAUUUUAAAAUUUUUGGUAUAGUUUUAUUUCUCCUUGAUUCCAUUUUUAUUCUUAUUUUCCAAAUAUAUAACUCUUAUUAAUAUGAAAUGUAUAAAACAAUAAAUUGUAGAUAGCGUUUGAAUGUUAAUUUUAUUUAUAUAACAAUCAGUUAUCGUGUUUAAUUCAAUGUGAAUCAAACCCAAUCUCUACAUUAACAAAACUUUUUUCCUAUGUAAUUAUACUAUUGGUUACGUUGUUAUAAUUUGGUUGACUAUUCUUUAGAUUUAAUUUAGUAUUAUCACCAAAGUUUACAUUAUCAAUGUUUGGAAUGAGUAUUUAAGUUACAUACUAACGUAAUAUCAUGUAAUAUUAAUGUUUAAUAAGUAUUUGCAAGAAAGUGAUGAACUUCUCACUUAAGACAUCCACAAUGUUAGCUUCAAAAUCACAAAGUUAAGAUAUUAUCAAGAGCACUUACUUACAUUUUGAAUUAUUUUUUAAUUACGAGAUUCGUUUGAUACCGAAUUGAUUGUUUUUUUGUUGAACAAAUGAAAAUUGCUAUAUUACCCGGCAAGGUGGUUCACAUUUUUAUUGGAACUGAGAACUAUCAAGUAUUAAAAAGCCACCAAUAUGUCGUUUUAAUUUAUAAGUUAAAAUUAAAGGAGUUAGUGCAUAUUCUCUUGGAAAUGCAACGGGUAUUUCAGCAUUGAAAUAGGUGUUGAGAGGAUUCUGUUACAUUUGCAAAACACAAAUAACUGUCAUAAUUUGCUAUAGUGAUUUCUAAGCUUAACUAUUAACAUUGUAUAAAUUGUAUUUAAUUACGUUUAAAUAUUAAUGGUUGUUUUAUUACAACAUUGCACUACUUUCGUAGGGAGAUAGCUGUGAUGUACUUGUAAGUUAAUUUGUAUUUGUUAACAAUGUACUAUUUAGUUUAGCAUACUUACCUAUACGCAAAAAAUAUCAUACCUAAUUAUUAUAUUUAUUACGCAAAAAAAAAACAAUAAAUUGUAACUUAUGUUUACAAAUGCACCCGGUACAUAACAAGUCAAUUUAUGAUGGGUAAUAAACUGAUAUUUACGUAAUUUCCGAUGAAACCACGUCGCAUCAAAUAAUAUAAAUGGUAACAAUAUCAAUAAUGUUCGUAUUUAAUGCUGAUUUUGUUUUAUUUAUAAAAAAUAAAAGUUAACUCCUU